CGCCCCCAGCAUUCUGUAUACUCUGUCCAGAGCCGUUGCAGACCUCAGCGCCCGGGACUCAGCCCAACAUGGACUCUGUGCUGAAGGAAAGUUACCUGGCUAGCUUUUGCUACCCUCCUGAGUCUAUUCCCAUUGCAGACCUUCUUGAGUCCAAGUCUUCAUCUUCAAGAAAGCUACUAUCGUCUGCUUUGAAGCACCACAGUCCUCAUUCAUAUGAUAUUCUAGAAGCUCCAAAUAGCACAGCUCUUGUGUCUGCACUGAAGACUCUUCAAGAGAAGAUUUCACGGCUAGAACUAGAGAAAUCUAAAGCCCAGAACCACUUAACAAGCUUACCUAUGGAGACAGCAGAAUAUAAGAAGGUUUGGUUCAGCAGUGAGAAGACUGACUCUGCUCAGCAUGAAACCGUUAGGCCAAAAAAUGAUGUAAUUACCCAGCUAAAUGCGGCCGAGGAACGUUGCUUACUUCUCGAGAAGCAGCUAUGCUACAUGAGGAAAAUGGUUCUGCAUGCAGAAGUGGAUAAGAACACCAUUUUGGAUCAACAGGCAUUUCUAAAACAAGAUAAUAUACAGGACAAGCUGGAAAAGCUCGAGUUAUUAGAGAGAGAAUGUCUCCGACUCACGGCCACUCAGCAUCUUGCAGAGGGCAAAAUUCAUGAGCUAGAGGAAAAAUUGUAUGCCGAGGAACAGCAUCGAAAACUGAUGCAGGACAAAGUAUUCCAGCUGGAGACUGGCUCUGAAGUAAGCACACUACCUCUAUCAGCAUCUGCUGAAAAUACUUCCCAAAGGAAUGAAAAAAAAAAGAAACCAUUGCAGAAACCUGCUGCAAGGCAAAAUGGUACUUCUGAACCGAAGAUUUCUGUGAAGGCAGGAGCCUUACCAUUUGUAGCUGGAAAAUCUACCAGUACAAGCCAUUCUCUCAGUGCAAAUGUUCAGAGUGUUCUUCACAUGAUGAAGCAUCGAAGUGAGAGCCCAGCAGUUGCCCAUCAACGCUCAAGGUCUGUAGGACGCAAGCCAUGUUCUAGAAGUCUAGGAGCCACCAGAACUUCAAUAAACUAUGCUCUACACUCUACUGGAGACAGUUUGACUGAUUUACUGCUGGAUCUUCAAGGAGAGCUAGAACAAAUGAGUUUGGACCAUCAAGAUCUGCUGAAACAGAUAAAUGACACGAAGGACAAUGAUUUACGUGAAGACUUAGAGCGUGAAAUGGAUUGCCUUGUCAAACAAAUGGAAACUAAAAGUGACCAAAUACUCAAGCUGAAAAGACAUGAAGCAAAUGUUGUAAGACUUAAGAAAGCAGCUCGGUCAAUGAAGAAACUCUCUUCGAACGCCAGACGAGCUGUUGCAGAAGAGGCUGGCAGAGCAGAUAUACCAGCUACCCCAAGAAGAAAAGAAAUUCCAGCCACUCCAAGAAAAAGGGAAGAAACUGUGUCAAACAGCGCUCCUAACAGCAAGGCUGCCCUCCAACUGUUGAAAAAUGUGCAGAAGAUUCAGAUGACGCUAAAGAAAGAUGACAUCAUGUGGGAGAAAUGACUUCUCUAUGUUUUCACGGCUUUCUGUGUGUGUUUAUAUAAGGUUUACAUUCUUACGUAUAUUUAUUCCAAGUGAUUUUGGAUGUCUAUGUAAUUUUAAUAUUUUAAAUAAAGAUUUGUAAUU